UAAGGUAGAUUUAACCUCAGUAAAGCGCUGAGAUUUACAGGCGUAUGGUACACUAGCUAUCCUCCUCGAGGAGGAUAGCUGAUGUCUGAAAGGAUGUUCACCUUUCAGAGAAACAGGAGACAGAGCCUCUUUCCCAACUGCAAACUAGCAACCUCGGAGUCAACAGACGAUGAGGUUCCGUUUGCUAAACAGUGUUUGCUGAAACAGUGGAGCUCUUUAGGCGAACUACAGACGGAUAUCUAUGACAUCUUUGGUGAAGAUGAGGAGGUUGAGAAGCAUUCGGAACCAACAAUGUGGUUUACAAGUGCCUCACCCAGCAGGAAUUGCACGCUCAACCUCAACGUUGGUGGAAAGUCCUACCGCAUCACCUAUAAAAUGGCAGCAAGAUACCCACAGAGCAGAAUCGGCCGUUUAGCCACCUAUACGGACCUCAACAUGAAGCUAAACCUCUGCGACGACUAUGUGGUGAAGGACAAUGAGUAUUUCUUCGACCGAGAUCCAGACGUCUUCAACAGCAUCUUCAACUUUUACAGAACCGGCGUGCUGUGGAUCAAGGACGAGCUUUGUCCAAGGAACUUCUUAGAGGAGAUCAAUUAUUGGGGCGUUCGGAUCAAAUACUCGCAACGAUGCUGUAGGAUCCUUCUUGAGGAGAAAGACGACGAGUUGUGCGAACAGCUCAAGGUUCAGAAGGAACUGGAGGCGGAGGUGGAUGUCGAAGAAAAUGAGGAGGUGUUCAAUGACAUGUUCCUCGGCGAGACGAGACGCUCGCUUUGGAACUUCAUGGAGAAACCGUUCUCCUCAGUACCGGCGAAACUAAUGGCGGUUGCCUCGAGUAUGUUUGUGCUGGUGUCGCUGGUUACAAUGACUUUGUCUACGGUAGAAGAAAUGGAGAACAUGGCAUCUAAUGAGUUUAGCGGAAAGACAUCUGGAGAGUUCGUAGAGACACUGUGCAUAACCUUCUUCACCGCUGAGUACCUGCUGCGUCUAGUUUCAACCCCAGAUAUCGGUUGCUUUGUUAAAAGCAUGCUGAACGCAGUUGACCUCAUGGCCAUCCUACCGCAGCUUCUCCAGUUCGUGCUCGAAAGCUUUGAGACCUUCAAUUCUGGGACACAAACCACUGACAUGGAGACUGUUGGUCAGAUGAGCAAGGUGGGACAAGUGUUACAAAUCAUGCGACUCAUGCGUAUUUUUCGCGUUCUGAAACUGGCGCGUCACUCGACGGGACUCAGAGCGUUUGGCUUCACGUUGAGGCAGUGCUAUCAGCAGGUGGGAUGUCUCUUCCUCUUUAUCGCUAUGGGGAUCUUCACAUUCUCCGCCAUGGUUUAUACCGUUGAACACGACGUCCCUCAAACCAAGUUCACCAGUAUUCCACAUUCUUGGUGGUGGGCAUCUGUUAGCAUCUCUACUGUAGGCUAUGGUGACAUGUAUCCGGAGACUCUUUUGGGGCGGAUAUUUGCCUUUGGCUGCAUUUCCUUUGGGAUCAUUCUGAAUGGCCUUCCAAUCUCCAUCCUCUUCAAUAAGUUCUCCGAUUACUACGCCAAACUGAAGUCUCAUGAAUACAGUUCCAACACCAAGAACAGAGGGAAGGUUAACUUCAUCCUGAGAGCCAAGACGAAGCUCAAAGAGUGUGGCUGCAUUGAAACUAACAACAUUAAUGUUUCGUAAACACUAGUGAAAUCGAUUGUUGGCAUUGUUACGAUGUACUGAAUCUUGUCUGAAUGAGAUCAUUUUCUAAAAAGCCUCUUAUCUAAACGUGCCAAAGUAAAUUUUAAAAUACAAGUAAUAAGUAACACGGACUUAAAUUAUCAGUAACACUUUAUUUUA